AUGUCCGCAUCGAAUUCUAUUAUUCCUAGCCAGCCGGCCGGUACCCUUCAGACGUACCGGUACGGUAACGGUAUCAAUGAGACCAGAGAAGACCAGUGGAGUCCUGAUACCACUAAUAUUAAUGGUGACCCUACGCCUUUGCAAUGGACCACCAUCCCGCAACAAAUAGUUCCGGCCAGCAUCAACGGUACCAGUGUAUCUUAUGACGGCCCCACGUUCUCCACGCCCGGCGUGCACAUGCCCAUCGACCUCGACGACCCCAACAGCUUCCCUCAGAUCAACGGCGCCCAGAACGGAUACCACUUGCUCAACAACCCGAGAAUGACUCACGGCAUCAACGGCUCUAGUGUCCUAAUGACUCCCAGCUCGCAAAACCCUUUGUUGAACGGCGGAACGUGGAUGACCCCAGUAUCCAGCACUAGCCGCGCCCCAAUUUGGAACGGAACCAGAACAGGCGGCGUGAAGAAACCCAAACGCAUUCGCACAGCAUUCACAAGCCAGCAAAUGAUGGAGCUCGAGAAGGAGUACGCCCGCACCCGCUACCUCGAUCGCAGCCGUCGUAUUGAACUGGCAAAGAUAUUGAAUCUCAACGAGCGCACCAUCAAGAUAUGGUUCCAAAACCGUCGCAUGAAAGAGAAGAAGGACGGAGCCGAAAGCAUGGAGGAUUCCGAAGAGACCACAGAAUCAUCUUCGGAGCACGGGGACAUGCCGAUACAGGUGUUAGUCCCUCAUGAAUUUCCGACGCCGGUGGCUGACGCCCUCUACAAACAGGAAGGGGUUUACAUGGAGCCGUAUCCUGGGACGUUGAACCCUCUGCCGAUGCCCAUGCAGCUGCCUCUGCCACAAGGUAUCGACAGCCAGAUGAUGAACGGAUAUACUUACGAGUAUCCCCUUGAUCAGCGUUUGGCUUUUGAACACCGUCAGAUGCAGCUACAGGAGGAAGCCUCGGCACACGGCAGCGAGCUCCAGGAGGUGCACAUGUCUCUCCAAUUCAAGGAGGAGUCUCCCCGGCGCGAGGAGCAGGAGGAUGUAAACGCCAUGCCGGCGACAGAUGUCCAGAACUCGGACAUAUCCUGGAUUAGGAAUAUUUAUCUCGACGACGAAUACUAA